CCUUUGGCAUGGUACGUGGUGGACGCAUCCCAUUCGCCACUUUCCGUCUCUCUCCUCCCUUCUUUGCUUCUCUGGCACACAAUGCCGUAGAGGGAUAUGGUUGGAAUGACAUGUCACAUGGCCAAGAUUUCUUAACAUAUUUAAAUCAAGAGGACGAAAUACUCCCUGUGCACUUGGAUUCUCUCCACCCCCUUUCUGUCUUCCAAACCCUAGAGGAAGAAAAAGUUAGGUUUUCUUCGGAACCCUUCUGGCCUUCCAAUUCCCAUCGACCCGCAGCUGGUUUUGGCCCCAAUCGGCCGGCUUCUUCGGCCGCGGAAUAUUAGUUGAAUCACUGCUGGAGGAGUGAUAGGAAUUACUUACCGUUCCCACGCUUAUAUUUCGGGAUGCACUGAAGUUAUUGUUAUGUCAGUUUCAUGUGAUGGAAGUAAGUUUUUUAAAGGAGCUAGACUUCAAAGGCAAGGAACCCGAUUUUGAUUCCAAUUCUCGUCAUUCCCUGGUAAAAUUGAAACCCAUCGAGCAAGCUGUGGCUGAUGAUGACGAAGAAGCAAACAAAUGCGAACACUUUACCAUUCGUGGAUAUGUUGCAAAGGUUCGGAGGAGAAAUGCAAAGAUUUCCUGGCCUUUACUUUCGCAUCAUAAUCAGACAUCAGGUGAACUAGCCAGUUCACUUCCUCCACUACCUGUUACUAAAUUUAGAUGGUGGAAUUGCCAAAAGUGUCUUAGUGAGACCAGUUCUCUGGAAGAUGUGAUAGCAGAUAGAGCAGUUAUAAAUGUUCAUAAUGAUGAGGUAAAUACUUGCAAAACAUCUUUUCUAAUAAAUACCAGUGCAACAAAUUUGCUUUCUGGCUUUCAACAACCAUCUGAAGGGAACAUACUAGGUGGACAAUUGGUUCAAGCAGAUUCUUCUGUUAAUGUCAGUAAUGGUGAAUGUAGCCCAUCGCUAUGUUGUGACAGAAAGGAAAAUGCAUCAACAAGCCAUGGGCUGACCAAAGAAGGUCUCCAAAUUCGCAAAGGUGGCCCAGGUAUAUCUGAAGAAAUUCAGAACCAGUCAAGCAAACCUACUAUUUUUGCAGCAGAACCUACAGUUGAUCCAAAAGAGUGUGACAUGCCACAGGGAGUCGACAUCUACAUUCCAAAAGCUGAUGCUCUAGCUGCUAUUUCAGCUUGUGUGCCAGAUCAUGAUUCAAUGUGUUUGAACAAGAGGCCCGCCAAAGCAUCUGACAAUAGCAUGGGUUUGUCUAAUGAUAUCAAAGAAAACCAAGAUCAUUCCGGUCAACUUGGUAAUUCAUCUGGAAGAUUUCACCAUAAAAAGUCUCGGAAAGUGCGUUUAUUGGAUGACAUCAUAAGAAGUGAGGAGUUAUGCAUGUAUAAAAAGGUUCACAUUUCCAGUGGAGAUACAAAUGCCAGUCAAAGUAAGAAUGAUGGUGAUACAAGGCCAGACACAUCAAAUUGGAAGCUUAAAUAUCCAGCUAAUAAAAGCCAUCUAGCUAACCAAAAUAUCCAAGAAACACCAACCAUGGAGGCUUCCCAAAAUGAAGACGAGGAGAAUUCCCUAAUGGAUUGGCUGAAGAGAGCAUCUAGAAAGGGUACUGGACGUAAAGGACAUUCAGAAAACAAGCACAUUGAUGCUGCAGUUGGUACAACUUCAGGUUCAUCUUCUGGGCAAGGACCAAGAAGAUAUAAGCUACAAAGUGCUUUGAAAAACGAAAAUAAAUUGCCUCCACUAAAACCUGGUUGGCCUUUCCUUGUUCCUCAACAGGAUAUUUUUAUUGCCAAAGAUGUACCAACCAAACUUCUCCCUGCCAAAAUUGAUAAUAAUGAAUCAACAGGACGCAUAGGCUCUGAGAAGAGCUUGCAUCAUGGUCCUGAAAUUCAAGAAGGGACCAAUACAAAGGCUAUCUUGACUAAUAAGAAGAAGAAUAAAGCACCUUCAGUUGAAGAUAGGGUAAAGAUGAAGAAAAAAGCAAUAAAGAAGCAAAAGAUUGCAAAUAUAUGCGAACAGGAAGGUUUAGAUGACAUCCCAAUGGAUAUUGUUGAACUCUUAGCCAAACAUCAGCAUGAAAGAUGCCUGAUGAGUGCUGGUGUUGCUGAUGAAAACAUGUAUAAUCUGUCAGAAAUGAAUGGAAACAUGAGAGAUGGCAAAGAUUCAGAAAGAAGAUGUGAUGAAAGCAAAGUAUCGGAUGCGGCACCUGAAAACCUUUCCCAGCAAAUUCCUCACUUCAAUCAAGAAGUAGAUGCCAUCCACACAACCAUGAGAAAUGAGAGGGAUGAUUGCAGACUAAAAGCCCGUGAUUCUUUUAAUUUUCAUAAAAAGAACCUUCAUAUUGAUCUGAAUCAACAACCAACGGAGUUCCUGGAACUUCCACAAUGUAGUGGAGAUCCACUUGGUAGACUUGAGCACCCUGUUACUAUCUCCAAUAGAACAAAUUUUAGAUUGGACAAAAUGAAGAUGCAAAAUUCAGGAUCAUGUCAUAGGGAUCAUGCAACUACAACGAAGAUUUCCAGCAGGAAUGACCAUGAUGGUACAUCAGCGCCACUAAAUGGCACAGCCUUUGGAAGCAUCGCUAGGAAGCACCAUGCUGACUUCAAUUAUGUGAAUGUGGAUUCACAUGAUUCAUGCCUUGACCAAAGUCUAAAGACUGUAGAUCAGAAGAUUGGUCGCCAUGAUUCACAUGAUCGAAAGUUUACCAGUGUUCAACUUCUACUUGGCAAGGAAAAAGCCAAGUCAUCAAUCAAUAUAUGUCGUGCUUUCGCAGAGGCAGGAAAUGGAUGUCAUUCUAGAACAAUCAAGCCAUUGGAUUUAUAUGCCAAUGAAACCAUAUCAGCAUUGCAUUUGCUCAGGCUAAUGGAUCGAACAGCAGGGUUGGGUGCAUCAGAUACAAAUCAAUCAAGAUCUAUUUUAGAGUCUGACUUAAAUUGUACUGAUCAAUUCAAGGAAUUACAGGGGUUAGAAUUUGGAUUCAGAACUAAAGAGAUGCCUAAUCAUCCAAAGGGAGCUGGGUACUCUUAUCAAGAUCAGCAUCAAGGGAAUUCUAGCAAACCGUGCCAUCCAGUUCCUAGAAUCAGUGUUCUUGGAUCUUUGUUGCACAAAGAAAUUGUUACUCAAUCAAACAAUUGUCAAAUUCUACAGGGCUUUCAGGCCAGGCAUCCCAACGAAUUGCCACUGCACAAUAAUAUUAGAAAGGUCAGAACAGAUGCCUCUCGCUCAGCCAUUCAUCCUCAAACUGGAAAAACUAUGACCUCUAUAUGCAUGGGUGUAAAUUCUAAAGAGAUCUUUUCUGAUUUAGACUCUGUUGCACGUUCUUCAUUCUCUCUCAGGAGGUAUGAGAUUGAUCAAGCUGGAACUAGCAAUAAGGAUAAAGUAGUUCAGACUCCGACAAGUCGCUGUGAGUUUGGAAACUGUGUCGUUAAUAGAAACCCUGCUGACUUUGCUACACCUGAUGAAGAUGAGUAUACCAUAGGGAGCAAUGAUCCAAGAACCAGAUAAUAUCCUUCUCAAAAAAGCCUGCUGUAUCAAACUCCUCCAGAUGGAUGCAAGCAGCAGCUAGUGAUGAAGCUCAUUGCUCUAAGGGCUUAUGAGGAGCUAAGAUGUAUUGAAUUUCAAGCUUGAUGUUGUUUUCAAGAGUUUCGAUACAUGUCUGACUUCCUUCAA